AUGGGCAUCCCAGACGCGGCCAUCGGGAUCAUCUGCCCUUGUGCCUCCCUGAUCGCUAUCAUCGGGCUUUUCGGCUUGCGAGAUUACAUAAAGAAAUCCAGGAGUCGACGACGACGUCGCCGCCAGCAGAUACGAGCCGAAGCAGGACUUGCUGAACACCUCGGCGUUGGUGUCACGGAACUUGAGGCACUUAGUUCAACCUCAUCAUCGCCAAUAGACGAGCCAGCCCCGGCGCUGCUCCAACCACCAAGAGCAGCAGAGGAACUGGAAAGGAGUGUGUCCCGUCCCGGCGUCACCUUUGCUUCUUCCCGAAGACGUACCACCGUCUAUAACCGCUGGGAUGUCGCUACAGUCUCGUCGAUCUCCGAUUCUCUGACGACAGUGUCGACAGCUCCGCCUCCGUAUUCGAGAAUGGACGAGCAUGGACUGCCAGCAUACGAGAGCAAUCUAGAUCAAGCGGGAGAUCUUCCGAGCGGCUCGGUCAGUAGCUCGAGUCGUCAUCAAGAGGCUCCAGCACCACCAGCGUCAGCGCUACCACCGCCACGGCCCUUUCCUCCUCCUCAUCCCGAGAUUGCCAUGCCGAGGCCGACAAGAGCUAGAACAGCGGCUCAGCAUAGGGCUUUGCGGCGAGAGAGCGCUCUUGAAGAACGCUAUCGCGUCAUCCUGAACUCGUUCCCACAGGAUUGGGCUAGGUUGUGA